CAGAGCGGUUCCAACUGGAGAAUCAUGCAAACGUCCUUGGGGGCCAAACUUACUUACCCCUAUCCGAGCAGAGAAUAAAAGCCGGCAACCCGCCGUGCUACCUCAGAACAACCCAGACCAGACAGAGAGAAGUGACAGAAAACAUCAUGAACCGCUGGUCCAUUCUGUGCUUGGCGAGCGCCGUUCCUGCGCUAGCGGGUUUGGCGGCCCGUGACCCCAUCGCUACCAUCUGCACCAAGAACAACAUUAUCACUACCGAUGACUUUAUCCUUUACAACAAUCUUUGGGGGGAAGAUACGGCCACCUCUGGUUCCGAGUGUACCUACCUCGACUAUGACAGUGGCAAUUCCAUCUCCUGGCAGACCUCGUGGACUUGGGCCGGUGGCAGCGGGGAGGUUAAGAGCUAUCCCAAUGCUGUCCUGAACGUGGGGGCCAAGCAGCUCAGCACUAUCACUACCAUCCCAUCGACCUGGUCGUGGAGUUACACCGGCACCGACCUCGUCGCCGACGUCUCCUACGACGCCUUCUUUUCCGCCUCCGACUCCACCACCGCCACCCACGAAUACGAAGUCAUGAUCUGGCUGGCCGCCUACGGAGGCAUCGAACCCAUCGGCUACUCGGAUGGCCCGAUCGCUAGCCCCACCAUCGGUGGCUACACCUGGGAUCUGUACAAGGGGCCGAACUCCUGGACGGUGUACAGUUUCGUUGCCCGCGAAACUAUUACCGAUUUCUCCGGUGAUAUCAUGGAGUUCUUCUCCUAUCUCAUUGAUGAUGAGGGCGUGUCGUCCAGCUUGUAUCUCCAGACUUUGGGGGCCGGGACGGAGCCGGAGACGGGCUCGGAUGCGUGGUUUACGGUUUCGCCGUAUACUAUUAGCAUUAAUACUUAGGUGGGAUAUAUGUCGGAAAUAGUGUUGCGUGGUUAUGUUGGGUGCCUGUACAAUUAUUGGCGACAGAUUUAGGUCUGUUUGUGAUUUGAAUGGGUGAUUCGAAUGGGGUAGUUAAUAAUGCUAUUUUGAUUGGUGCUUCU